UGCUGGUCAACCCUACGAAAAACCAAAAUGCACUUCCUGUGCCAGUGCCCGCCCCCAGGCUGUGGCUGCUAGCCAGUAGGAAGAAGAGCCUGUCUGCUCAAGGACACAGACACGAAACCAGUUGUUUGACUCCUAAUUUAGGCAGAGGCUCCCGUCUGUUCCCUUUGAACCGUUUCUGCAGCAACCAUGGCGGCCUUCGUGACGCUCCUUACCAGAGCCAAGAUGCCCAUUGUGGGCCUGGGCACCUGGAAGUCUCCCCCAGAUAAAGUCAGGGAAGCUGUGAAGGUGGCCAUUGAUGCUGGGUAUCGCCACAUUGACUGUGCCUAUGUCUAUCAGAAUGAGAGUGAGGUGGGAGAAGCCAUCCAAGAGAAGAUCCAGGAGAAGGCUGUGAAGCGGGAGGACCUCUUCAUCGUCAGCAAGCUGUGGUCCACCUUCUUUGAGAAAAGCCUGGUAAAGGAAGCCUUCCAGAAAACCCUCUCAGAUCUGAAGCUCGACUACCUGGACCUGUAUCUAAUCCACUGGCCACAGGGAUUUCAGGUUUGAGCUGCUCUUGGCUCUAUCUGUACUGUCGAGCAGAUGCCAAAGAACAGCAGCUGUGUUGGAGCUAGGGUGGGGAUGGGCUAUAUCUGGAGUUUUAUGCACAACAGAAAGCCAACGACCUAUAAAACAGUCUAGGGCCACUUGCGUGGAGCAUCACGCACUUAUGUUUUCUUACAGUUGGUUUGAGAGAAACUGAUUCUGGCCAGCUCAGACAAACUGCAAACUGGCCUGUCAACUUCUUAUUCAUUUCCUGGACAGAGGGGAUAGGAAUCUCUUGGGACAAUCUUGCAUAACACACCUCAAAGAUCAGCUCUCCCAUCAAUGAUAGCACCACCCCACUGGUGGGUAGCACCCAGGAACAAACCCCCAAAUGUUGGCAGAUAUUCAUUACAGUCUGAAGAACAUAAAGCUCAAUAGCCCGGGCCCUGCUCCUGCCUGCUCCUCAGAGUUGAAAGGGGAUAGUCAGGGUCCAGAGAGAUGACUGUGCAGUUGAGAUCACUGACUCUCUUCUAGAGGAUUCUGUUUGACUCCUAAUACCCACAUAGAGGUUUAUAACCAUCUGUAAUUCUAGUUCCAAAGGAUCCAACAUCCUCUUCUCGACCUCCACAGGAACUAGACAAGCAUGCGGUACAUACAGGCAAAACACUCAUUUAAAU